AUGGUGCUCUCCCCCAUCUCCUUCCGCUUCGCCGCCCCGAUGGACCCGCACGUCGCCGGCGGCCGCACCACCACCCGACGCUCCAGCCUUCCCGAUUGGGUCUUGCUCCACAAGUCGGCGCGCAUCUGCGGACACCGGAACGCGACGACGGCCGAGUGCCACACCACGGAGGGCGAGCCCAUCCAGGUCUCCUUCUGGCUCGUCGACCCGCCGGGGGUGUCCUACUUCUCCGUCCACUGCCCGGGCCUCGACGGCAAGGACUUUGCCGACGAGCCCCACAUCCUGUGCGCCGACGCCUCACUCGUCCUCUUCUCCGUCGACUUUGCCCCCGUUCCUGGCCGGAAGUUCAGGGACCCUGGCCGGAGACUCACCCAGCGCUUCGUGUACCGAGCCGGCCCCGGGAAGCCGUCGCUGCACCUCAUUCCGGACCCGGACAUCGUCAGACCAAACGGCGUAUCCGCCCUCUUGCCCUGCGGCGAUGCCGGCAGCGAGCACUACGCCGUGGUCUUCCUUCACAGGAGAUCGAUCCUCGGCGACAGGGCUAGGUAUUACGACCUGCACGUCUUCUCGUCCGUGACGCGGGCAUGGAGCUGCAAGGGCGACUUGCCGGGCUUAUCGGAAGAUGAUCAGAAACUGCUGGCUAAAGCUAGCCAUGCCACCGACAAGGGCAUUCUUCUUGCUUGCGACGUAUUCAGUGAAUGUCCUGUCAUCAAGUACAUUCCAUUGCCUGCAUCAAGGGUUUGCAACGUGGACGGGGACGGCCACCCUUACAUUGCCCCAGAGUACUGUUGUGAUGUCUCCAGCUGCGACAACUUGAUCAAGUUCGUCGAGGUAGAGUUUGACGCCCGUGAUCGCAGGAGCUUUGGCAAUCAAGGUUGGAAAGCCACCACAUGGAAUCGAGACAUAUCUUGGGAUGAUUGGCGUGUGCGCUCGUCAGUUAAUGUUGCUAACAUCUCAGUUGACCCAAGAUAUUCUGAUUUACUGCCCCAGUUGUGGAAUGACAAGACCAAAGAACUAGAACUGAAGAAACUGGUUUUCUAUACCCCCACGCUGAGCAAGGAUGACGAUGAUUUCCUUUACGUGAUGUCUAAGUUGAAUUCUGGAGGCGACAAGGCCUGGGUCAUCUCUGUUGACAUGAAACAUGCGGCUGUGGAAGCAAUCGCCCCGUAUUCUACCAAAGGGCGCCCUCUUGCUGUAUGGCACUGCCCAUGCGCCUUCCCCAAGUAUCUAGAGCUGACACCAGAGGAUGGCGUGACCCAGAACUUUAAGAGGAUUAGUGUGGCAGACUGUGCUCUGCAAGUGAUGUUGACUCAAGACUGGUUCAUGUAUCUGCAAAUGUCUUCUCAAUUUAAUCUGCGGCAUUACUCUAAUUGCUUGUUCUAGUCAUGUAAAUCAUCUUUCAAACUGCCAUGUAAUUUCAUCCUUUUUUGUUGUUGUGUAACAUCUCAAUGAAAAUUUAUGCAAGUAAGUUCUAUCGAAUUGACUGUUACGACAAAAAGAUUCACGUCUGUAUGCUCCCUUUGUAGAUAGACGCUUGGAAUUUGAGGGUGAAGCUUACGAUGAGUGCAGAUCUUUACUUCACGCUUGGCCAGUAUCAUCUCUGCUUUUAGAUGUCCAAGAAGUGAUAAAAUAUGCAUCUGAUUAUGAUGAAGGCGAAACCACCUCCAAAGCUGCUGAUGUUUGUUCACGAGCCUUGGAAGAUUUCGAUGUGCUACUGAAGUCACCCAGUGACCCAUUGUCAUGUACUGAAGGACUGAGGAGCAGAAUCAGUAUGGUCCUUGGAGCGUUAGACAGUUUUCUGUGUACUGUGCCGCCAACCGUGAGGGUGCUCGCAGAUGACUGCCACCAGGAGAGACGGAGAGCUAAAUCUGAAGUCCGUCAGAAGCCAGGCCAGCUGAAGGACGACAAACUGCAGGGCUUUCCUGCUAACCUUUUCCACGGCAAGAAGCCAAGGCCAUACCAAGGACACGACUUAUGAUUGGUUGUACGGGAGAACGAACCAAACUAACUCUCGAGGUAAUAAGCGGAACCAGUCACAACGGGAUCACCGUGAUGAACGAGCAGUGGAUUCAGAUCAUCACCGCCGCCCGGAACGGUGGAAAACCUCUGCAUAUUUGCUGAUGAUUCUGUGGCUCCUCUGGGCUUACAUAGUGAUGCGGUGACGCCGAUUGUUCUAAAAUUGCUAGGCCAUCAGUAGAGUUGGUACCUUUGUACAUUUUCUUUGAUUUCUGUGCACGAUAGAGGUGUCCCGUGUUCUGGAAUUAAGGCUUGGC